AUGGCCCAGGAUAACUACAUGCAAGGCGUAGCGCUCAUAACCGGCGCUGCAUCCGGGAUCGGCCGCGCAACAGCACACACCUUCGUCCAAGAAGGCUGCACACGCUUGAUCCUCGGCGACCUCGACUACGCGGGCCUUGAGACCGUAGUUCAAGAGCUACAGACCCAGAACGCCGCCGUCCGCACCGUAAUCUUCGCCGUAGACGUUUCGUCCGAAGAACAGGUCGAGUCGUUUAUCGAGGCUGGCGUCAAGGAGUUCGGCGCUAUUCACUACGCGGUGAAUAAUGCGGGAAUUACGAGUAACCCACGCGUGAGGACGCAUGAGCUUCCUACAGAGGCGUGGGAUCGCGUUGUUGAUGUAAAUUUGCGCGGGGCGUGGUUAUGUGAGCGCGCCGAGUUAAGGCAGAUGAUGCGGCAGGGGUUUGAGUUGGAGAGCAGGACCGGCGCACCUCCGCAACGAGGCUCGAUUGUGAAUAUCUCGUCGUUAUUUGGGGUCAUGUCGCAUCCGACGGUUGGCGGGUACUCUGCAGCUAAAACCGGCAUCCUCGGAAUGACGCGAACCGACGCGCUGGCCUAUGCCGCGGACGGGAUCCGUGUGAACAGUGUCCUUCCUGGGCUUAUAAAGACGCCGCUCGUUGAGGAAUCUAUCCGACGCGGAGCCAACUACGAGGAGCUGAUCCAAACUGUUCCUGUGAAGCGCUGGGGCCGUCCAGAGGAAAUUGCCGAGGCGGUUGUCUUCCUGGCCGGAGAGAAGGCGAGUUUGAUCAACGGAGUGUCGUUGGUUGUUGAUGGGGGCAAACAGAUUGCGGUGUGA